AUGGGGCUGGGGGGCACGCUGUAUCGGUUGCGAUGGAAGUUGUUCAUCUUCUUCGUCCUGAGCUAUUCCAUCGCCAUCACGUUUUACGUGCUGCCCCCGUUCGAAACGCGACGAUAUUCGAUUCCUCAUCCGGCACAUGAGCGUGCGAUGGGCGAACGACGCCGCGCAGUCAAGGCUGCCAUGGAGCACGCCUGGAGCAAUUACGUCGAGCAUGCGUGGGGCCACGACGAAUUGAGACCGCUCUCAAAGACCGGACACAACUGGAUGGGCAACGGGCAAGGCGCGUCGAUCAUCGACAGUCUGGAUACGCUCUACCUGAUGGGCAUGGAGGAGGAAUUCCAGCGAGCUCGUGAUUGGGUGGCAUCGUUCAACUUCAUCCUGGGCGGACAUGUCAGCACUUUCGAAAGCACCAUUCGCAUCCUCGGCGGCCUCUUGUCUGCCUACGACAUGUCGCUUGACCCGAUGUUCUUGGAGAAGGCCAAGCAGGUGGGUGACGGCCUCGCCAAGGCGUUCCAGGGUCACUGGCCCUACACGGCCAUUGACAUGCAAUCCGGCCAUGGCCAGUGGAGCUGGGCGGGAACGGCGCUGCUGUCCGAGGUGGCCACCAUUCAGGUCGAGUUCAUCACCCUCAGCAAGCGAACCGGCAAUCCAUACUACGCCGAGCAGGUCACCAAGUACAUUGAGCAGCUCGAUCGGAUGGAGAAGCCAGAUGGCGCGCUGUACCCGAUCUACCUGGACCCACACGCAUCUGCCUUUUCCCACCAAGAUGGACGGCGGAUUACCCUGGGCGCGAUGGGGGACAGCUUCUACGAGUAUCUCAUCAAGACCUGGUUGCUUGUGGAUAAAAAGCAGAGCAUGUUCUAUCGGAUGUACGUGGACUCGGCCGAAGCCAUUCGAGAGCACCUCAUCGAAAAGUCGCAGCCCAGCGGCCUCACCUACAUCGCCGAGCGGCGCGGAUCGCAGAACGACCCCAAGAUGGACCACUUGGCCUGCUUUGCCGGCGGCAUGUAUGCUCUUGGCGCGAGGCAUCUCCGGCCAGAGCACGAGGAGUUGAGGCAGAAACAUCUGGAGCUGGGCGCGGAGAUCACGAGGACGUGCUAUGAGGGCUACCACCGGAUGCCCACCGGCAUCUUCCCCGAGAUCCUGCGUUUCGACGACCACUCGAAGGACUUCAGCACACGCUCGGAGCGUCACUACAUUCUGCGACCAGAAACGGUGGAGUCUCUCUUCAUUCUGUACCGGGUCACUGGCGACCCGAUCUACCAGGACUGGGGCUGGGAGAUCUUUAACAGUUGCAAAGUGGAUCAUGGCUUCAGCGGCAUCACUGAUGUUACGCAGGUCCCGCCGCACCACGACAACCUGCAGCAGAGCUUCUUCCUCGCCGAGACUCUGAAAUAUCUGUACCUCCUGUUUGCGCCUGAGCUUAUCAACAUUGAUGAGUGGGUGUUCAACACAGAAGCUCACCCGGUCAGGAUUCAUCCGUUGGACGCACCUUACCCCAUCCCCUACGUGUGA